AUGAACUGUCGAAAUUUGACAAAGAGUUGCAGCCCCACCUACCGGUGCAUUCUAUACAACAUCCUGAUUCUGGGCUCAUUUCUACGGCUGUGCUGGAUUUAUAGGUACGAACAGCUGAAGAUCGAGCUGGAGAUUCAGCGGCUAGAACAACGGUAUCACGAUUUCCGUAAAUUGGGCGCAAAAAUAGAUGAUGUGCGGGCGGAGCUGAUGGACAAUGGGGGAACAAAGGCGAUUGUCAAGCCGUUCACGACGAUGUAUCCGGAAUACUUGGUAUCGACUAGACAUCGUCUUUCCAUCUGCUUAAUCCCAAAAAACAUGUCAACCCUGAUGACCCGAAUUUUUUGCCUGCUGAAUCGAUCCCUUGAAAAGGGCAUGCAAAAUCGAAAACUUACAGAAUCGAUGGAGAGAGACUGUGCCCUCCCGAUUCGCUACAGUACCCUCGUGCAAGUUCAGGCCCGGAUUUCCGGCGAUACCGCUCGCCAGAACUUGAUUCUCACCCGAGAGCCGAUGGAACGUUUCCUGUCGGCUUUUCUGAUGCUUUGUAUUGUACGACUCGAUGACUGCUUUGGCUGCUACAAGAACAUGGAAUGCGUCUCGGAGAUGCUACUCAUCCACUCUCAAAGAUACGCAUCAGGAGAUCAUACCGUCGAGGGGAAUGCUCUCUGGCAUAUGGCGCCUCAGAAUUGGCAUUGCAAUCUGCAGGGAGCCACGCAGGAAUAUGAGUAUCUCGAUUAUUCCCCGUUACAGGGCAGGAAAUUUUCUGAAAAGCUGAAGGUUCAUUUGGAGAAGGCAAAUGUGGAAAACAGCACCGUAUCCAAAAUUAUUGAGGAUAUGGGCAACAAUUUCACCGGCCACCAAACAAUUCUCGAACCUCAGCGAAAUUACUAUGCGGAAAAGCUCCUCAACUCGAAAAAGAUACGCCGGAAUUUGUUGUACGUGUAUUUCUAUGAUUACGUGCUUUUUGGAUACGAAUUUCCGGACGUUUAU